UUGAUCAUGGCGGGAAUGUUGGAGGAACAGCCCCCGGGAAGGUCGAUCUUUUUGGACGUGUUUCGAAGAGCAGAUAAAACUGAUGAUGGUGCUCUGUCUCUGGAGGAAUUCAAGGCAUUCUUCAGCGAUGGAAUCUUGUCGAACGAAGAUUUGGAAAAAUUAUUCCACGACAUCGAUACACACAACACAAAUAAUUUGGAUACUUCUGAGCUUUGUGAUUACUUCAUGAAAGAAAUGGGCCCUUUCACUGAGAUCUUUGCCAAUCUAGAGAGCAUGAACAAAGCUGUCAGUAAUGCAUUGGUGGAGUCUGCAAAGGCUUAUCCUGACAAGUCCUUUAUUGGAAAGUUUACCACUCGCUUCCUGUUGAAAGAGAUUCAGGGACAGAUGGGUUGUCUAGCACAUCACAUCAAUGCUGCAGUAGAUAAGAUUGAUGAGGAAGAAACACAGCAAAGACCUGAUGUUUGUCAAGCUCCAGUCACCAAUACAAAUGUAAGGGGAGGAAGGAUGAAGAGAAAAAUGCAUUCAUUUGAACAACAAACAAGCCUUGAUGCUAACCAGCAAGCAAUGAGACAUGGUUUGUCCUUGGAAGUAGAUCGUCUUUCAGAGCUCAUUGACAAAUUGGAAAAUAAGGUCAAAUUUGAUGUCAUUGAUGAAGAGGAAGUUGAAGUUGGAAAAGAACAAUCGGUGGUUUUAGUUUCAAGGAAAUUUCAAGUAAAGGCUGAAAAAGAAUUCCGUUCAAACUUGAAGAGUUAUGUAGCGUCCUCGUCUUUAGCAGAUGGCUGUUUGCAUCUUGGGAUACGCACUAUCAGUGGAACAAACACGUUUGUGGUGUACGAGAUUUGGGCGAGCAGCGAGGAUUUGAAUAGACACUUCUCGUCUGAUACGUCAAAGUCAUUCAUGCAUGGAAACAUUGACUGCAUGGAACAACCCGAGGAAUAUCAGAAGAUGGCAGUGCCUGCGUCAUGGUGGAGGGCAACAAACAACUAACAUCACUACGUCGACAAUAGACAGAAUUUUGUUUAUAGCCGGCUGAGGCAAACUGACUCACAUUUUAUCGAAUGAUGUAACCAGGGAUUGGACCCAAGGACUGGAACCAAGGACUGAACCCACCCAGUGGGUCCUCCGUCGUUUUCCUCAGUUGACCCUUUACACCUUAACAACAGUAUGCAUAUUCUUCCUACUGUUCUCUAUACAUUUCCAAGGGUGGCGACGGGAGAAUUUGUUUAAUAAUCAAGGGCUUCUUUAGUAGGUGAUUAUUUCUUUUAUUCUCAUGAACGUAAUUUUAGACUCUAGGGCGAUGUUGUACGGAGAGAUUACAUGCUAGUCACUGUUAUCGGUAAAUGGCAUUCUGGUUAUCUCUUAUUACACCGUACGUACACUUAGUCUUACAAGGCAUUGCCCCCUGUUAGGUCGAACGACAACGUCAAUACCAUUAACUAGAGACCAAAUCCUUAUUCGUCGCCACGGCCAGUUCCUGAGGUCAUACCCAAACUACAAUCAACCAUUUGAUAUCAAUAACUUAAGGGAUAUUUUUUUCUAGGAGUCUGAGCCCUCUUAACUAUGACGCCUCCUUAACCCUAACCUAUAUAUUUGUAAAAUUCGUUUAUAUGUCAAAAGAGCUAACACACAAGAAUCGUCUUCAGUAUCUUUUUAGUGUUGUUUUAUACGCCAUCUUUAAUGGAGGCAAUGACAAAUUUUCUUCAAUUAACGAUUUUUCUAUGGCAACUUAGCGUUUGAACAGUAAGAACUGUUUCGUUGAUUCACCCAUAGUCUCUGUAAAACAUAACAUGAUGUAGGUAAUAUGUUUAUAACCUGAAUAAAUUUUUUUCUUUUGAGAUGCAGAUAACUCGACAAUUACUUCAAGAUUCUUAACUGAAGAAGCCAUGCUUAGAUGUGUCCAGUUUAAAAUUUCCUUCUUUACUAUUCCCCUUCAAGCAAGGUUCACACACUUAAAACCAAAGCUCAUCAGAGGAAAAGACACGAUGGCAAAAUCUAAUUCUCCCCGUUAAGCAAGCAGGUUGUAAUGAAAUCAGACGGGGAAUGUUAACCCUGAUUACAGGAAGAUACUUUGCAUGUAAUAUAUAUUUUAAAAGUUACAAGCUAAUGAUUCUCAAAACUGCUUAAAAGAAAACGUAUCUUUCGCCUACAAACUUAACUUCUCUCAUAUAAUGAAUGUUGGAAAUCUGUCCUUAGUGAAGUUAGUACACUAAAUAACCACAAAACAUUUUCAAAUUUACAUUAAAUAAUCUUUAAACGAUAUACGCUUGGCAGAAAAACAAUUUAAAACGAUGUUAUACCAAAA